AUGCAUUCGGAUCUUGACCUUGUCGACAUCUACGCAGAAACAACCCCCCUUUCUACUUGGUUAUCAUCAAAGUAUAAACGUAGAGGUUCCACCUAUAUAUUUAUUAAUAAACCAAAAAUGAAAAGAAUAAUUGUACCACGUCCAGUGCAAGGAAAUGCACCUAUUUCUCCAGUUAAUGCACCUGAUGAAGAAUUACGAGUAGAGAAUUCUGUUAGUGAUGAAGGGGAAGAGAGGAGACGACCGAUCAUUAUGAAAAGGCGUCCAGUGGACCCCCCUAUCACAGAUUUUAUUGAUAGUAAUAUGACAAGUUUAUUGACUGAGAAGGAAAAGAAUUCCUCUACUCUACUUACACGUUCAGUUCAAGAAAGUGAAGAAGAGUUACCACUAAGAUCAUCAACUGUAUGUAAAGAAGAAAAAAAACCUAAUGUGUUUCAAAGUAGUAUGAUGUCAUUAUUCAAAGGAGAGCAUUCUGGCUCUUGGGAAUCUGAUGAAACUUCAGAUAAAUCUAGUAGUAAGAAAAAAGAUAUCUCUGUAGAUACUUUGUCUACAUCGAUUUCCUAUCCUGAAGAAAAAAAUAAUACCCUCAAAGAAACUCAUAACAGUCUAUUGUCUGGAAGUGGUGUUUUUGGGUCUACAUUCAGACACCGUCAAAAUCGUUCGCCGCAAAUGCCGUUUGAUUUAGAGAAUUUCGAGGAAAGUGGCCCAAAAAUUCGUCUCUUAAACCUUUCUACAAAAAAUCGCUUGACUCCAAGAAGUGCAAACAGAAGUCCAACUCCAUUAUCAGGUAGUUAUCUCCCGACUGAACUAAGUGGUUUGUCAUCUCGCAACGGAAAUAGCCCAAAGGUUAACAAGGAAAAGAAUGGUCUUAUUUGCGAUGUAUAUGCUUCAGAAGGUUCUGGUUCAGAGCCAGCAUCUCCAAAUGAUAUACCUCCUUCUGUUGUAUCUCGUUUACAUCAAUUGAAAAGAGCAACACCUACACAUGGGGUUUGUGACUCUGUUGAUACUGCUGACACACCAAGUCCUUUCCCAGUUACGUUAAAUUAUGCAGGACAAAUUCAGCGAAAAAAACAUUUGAAACGAAUUAGUUACUAUAUUCUCGGACCAUUACUUGGUGAAGGUGCUUUUGGUGUAGUACGUGAUGCCAUUGAUACCUCAGCUAAUCAUAUGAUUCCUCCACAAUUUCAACGUGUUGCAAUUAAGAGUUUUAAAUACCGUAGAGAAAUUGUCCCUGAAGGAGGUGCAUUACCCGCAGCAGAGGGAAAAAAGCCUACAAGUGGGAAUUCAACAUCUAACUCAAAGAAUGAAUCACAAUCAUUUUCAAAACCUCCAAUUCCAAGUUCCAAACAACGUUAUGACAAAAAAAUGCAACGAAUGCUUGAUGAUGAAGCUGCAAAUUUACAGAGAUUUCACUGUCCCAAUAUUAUUAGAGCUAUUGAUAUAUUUACUCGUGAUGGGAAAGAUUAUGUUGUUCUCCCUAUUGCAAUUUGUAAUUUGGAUCAACUAAUAAUGGAAAAUCUUUGUCAUGAAGCAUUUCAACAACAUUUAAAUAGUAAAGGAACACCUCUUGUCACAGAGUUAACAUUUGAAAUUUCGACUCCGAGUUACUUAAGUAUGGGAGAUAGUUUGACUAAUAUAUUUCGAUCACAAGGUAUUGAUGAUCCUAUUAGUACUACUUUUUCCGCUGCUCUGAUUAAAGGGGUAAUGUAUCAACUUCUUUAUGGUGUUGUUUACUUGCAUCGUCAAGGAUUAGCACAUAAUGAUCUGAAACCGCAAAAUAUUCUACUUUACGCAGAUGGAGUUAUUAAGAUUACAGAUCUUGGAAGUGUCUCACCAGAAUAUAAUGAUCAAGGAACCCCAAUGUUUCUCUCUCCAGAAGUUUGCAGAUAUUUUUAUUGUGCAUGUGAUGAUGAAGAUUUGAAAAAGGAUGAAUCUCAAGUGAAAGUAAAUGCAAUGAAGAAUGAUAUGUGGAGUUGUGGUGUAAUUCUUUACUAUUUGCUUGUAGGUCGUGCUCCUUGGGGUGAUAAGGCAGAUGGACGAAGUAAAUAUCAACUAUACCGCAGAAUUGCUGCACAGUCUGCAGCUAUGGAUCUUAGCCACGUUCCAGAGCCAUGCGAUAGUGAAGUUAAAGGGGAGAAUCAAAGUUAUCAUACUAAUGGAAUGCCAGUAUCUCCAAGAACAAGAUCAUCAGCACCAUUUCCUCCCUCAAGCCUCCGUCAUUUAUUAAGCCAACUUUUGGAUGUCAAUCCAAAUAGACGAUUAUCAGCAGAGGAAGCGAUUCAACAUCCAUCUUUACAGUUACUUCAUACAACGGGUAAUAAAAAAACUGGAAUGAUUGAAGCAGCACAACAUGAUGUAGCUCAACAAGUGUUAUUAUCACCACAUGUGAGACGACUUAUUAAGCGUGAUCGUGAACAACAUCUCCAGUUUGUGGCGGAAUGUUGUUCCAUGUUGGAAAUACCCUUACCAAAGGAAAUAUUCUUACCAGACCAAGUAUCUGUUGGAGGAAGUGAUCAUGAACCAAUUAUUGCUGGUAGUCAAACACCAAAGCGACCUUCAGUUGGAGAGCAAAGAGGAACAGUGGACCGUCGUCUUUUUCCUAAAGAAUCAGAUUAUAACUAUUAUGAGAAGAAAUCGGGUAAACCCGAAUGUGACGUACGUUCUAUGUUGAGCAACGCAGCAAAAAUGAAAAUGAUGCAUGAUUAUCUAUACCUUACAGUACUUGUAGACUGUGGUUAUCGUAAUGCGGAAGAAGCGGCGAUAGAGCGUGAAGAGGCUCUUCUAAAACUGCAGAAACGAAAUGAAGUUGCAGAAGCCAAUAUGUCGCGACUCUCAUCUUUAAUGACUUCUCCUGCAUCUAAUCAGGUCAAAUCUUCUUCAGCUACACCAGCUCGUACGUCAAGACCCAAUACGGCGAAACAGACUACAAAAAAGAGUGAAGUAAAAAAAGGUAUAUGUUCAGAUUGUUUUUGUGGUCUCAUGUAA